ACCUGCCGAGUUGCAUUUCUGUACCGGAAACGGAUACCGCCGGCUCGUUCCUUCCUUCCUUCCUUCGUUGCGGGCUUGCGGCUGCUGCCUCUUCGUCACUUCCGAAGACUAGAGAGAGAAACCUGAGCUGGAGGAGGGGAAUAAAAUUGGGACCCCUGGAGGUCUAAAUUUCGGUGGAUUUGCGCAGGCGGGGUCGGGAUUGGCGCGCGGAUCCGGUGGGUAGGGGCGGCGGGGGCGAGAUCUAUGCGCGGAGGCGGAGGGGGAGGGGGAGGAGAGGGCUGAGGAGGGAGCGGGUGGAGCAAUGGAGGAGGCGGAGGAGUCGUCCUGGGCGGUCGUGGUGCUGGCGCUGGUGGCGCUCGCCGUUGUGCCGGCGCUGGCGCUGCUGGUGCGGAGCCGGUGGCGGCGCGCCGCGGCGCGGAGGGAGGAGGUGCGGCGCCUUGCGCGGCUGGCCGCGGAGGAGUCCGAGCUGGCGGAGAGGGAGUCGGUGCUCGCGUACUAUUCGGAGCUGUUCCCGGGCGUAGUGCACGCCGCGGGGAUGCCGGAGGCUCCAGUGUGGGAGGCUCCGCCGGUUGUGGCGGGUCCGGCUGGGAACAAGGUGCAGCCGCAGCCGCCGGCUGGGAACAAGGGGGUCUGCGCGGUGUGCUUUAGGCCGACCACGUUCAGGUGCAAGCAGUGCAAGGCCGUCAAGUACUGUUCCUUCAAAUGCCAGAUUGCCCACUGGAGACAAGGUCACAAAGAUGAAUGCCAUCCACCAAGUGUUAAUACGAGGCCAGAUGAUGAAGGAAAAGUCGAACAGGGAAGAGCUUCUGAAGAAAAUGUAGUGGUUGGUGUAAAACCGGUUGCUGAAAUCAACAAACCAGUGCAUGUUGGAUCUGAAACUUCUGGUGCAAACCAUAACUUGAAGAGUGAUAAAAGUAAACAUACCCCUUUAGAAGAGGUGUGUGCCGGCACAGAGGUUCCUGGACAUUGUCAUUCCAACAGCAAUACCAAAAUUUCUCAAAAUGCUCCGCUAUCUGCCGACAGUAGUUGGACGGGAUCAAAUAUCAAACCUGCAAAUAUUGUUGAAAACAGUUCUUCCACCAAGGACUUAAAUGAGGCAUUGACAUGUAAGUCUCAACCUUAUCCGCCGAAGGUAAAUGGCCAUAGCAGUUUUGCCAAUGAAGGAUCCUUUGAUCAUUCCAAGGAACACCAUGGAGCUCAGGAUGCCAGUGUCAUUGAGGAUUGCUUUCAGACACGUCAUGCCAGAAAAUUUGCAGAUACUAGCAAUCCUCAAGCUGCUGCAUCUGCUGUACUGGAGCCCAAAAGUUCUAGGACUCCUAUUCGUGUGGAAAUUGAGAAGUCCAAAACAGAAUCUAUUGGUAACGAGAACAUUCCUGUGCCAUCUGCGUUGACGGUUGAUAAAGCUUCUUCCGUUCUUGGGGGAUGUUCUGUGACACCUAAUCCAUCGAAAAGGGCUGAAAAUCACGAAAGAAGUUUUAAAUCAUCAGAUAGAGCAGUUUCAACAGCAAAUAACCUUGCAACAUCUCUGAAGAAAAUUGUCAGUCAGCAAACAGCAUCAAAAGUUGUGAGGCAUUAUCCAUCGGACUUGACACUCUUUCCGUAUGAACUUUUUGUGAAGCUCUACGACAAAGUUGAGUUGCGGCCUUUUGGUCUUCAUAACCUUGGCAACAGUUGCUAUGCAAAUGCUGUUCUUCAGUGCUUUAUGUUCACUCGACCACUUACGGCGUAUCUUUUGCAAGGGCUUCAUUCAAAAAAUUGUUCCAAAAAGGAAUGGUGUUUCAUGUGUGAAUUUGAAAAACUCAUUGUGGAGGGCAAACAGGGGAAGACUGCUUUGUCACCAACUGGAAUACUCUCUCAUUUGCAUGACAUUGGCAGUAGCUUUGGUCGUGGUAAACAAGAAGAUGCACAUGAAUUUCUUAGGUAUGCCAUUGAUGCUAUGCAAUCUGCAUGCAUGAAGGAAGCCAGAAAAAGUGCUGCCCAUCGGUUAGCAGAAGAAACAACACUUGUGCAAUUAAUAUUUGGGGGCUAUCUGCGAUCUAAGAUAAAAUGUGCAAGAUGCCAUGUUAGUUCUGAGCAAUGUGAGCGUAUGUUGGAUCUUACUGUUGAAAUAGAUGGUGAUAUCAGUUCACUCGAAGAAGCACUUGAGCGGUUUACAUCCACAGAAGUCUUGGAUGGAGAAAAUAGAUAUCAAUGCAGCAGAUGCAAGUCCUAUGAGCGUGCUAAAAAGAAGUUGACCAUAUCGGAAGCGCCGAAUGUCUUGACCAUUGCAUUAAAAAGAUAUCAGUCUGGCAAGUUUGGGAAGAUCAGCAAAGCCAUCAGAUUUCCAGAGACCCUGAACUUGGCUCGCUAUAUGAGCGCAACAGAUGACAAUUCCCCUGUUUACAGUCUCUAUGCAGUGGUUGUUCAUCAUGAUGUUAUGAAUGCUGCCUUUUCUGGUCAUUAUGUAUGUUAUGUUAAGGACACACAGGGAAAGUGGUACAAGGCAGAUGACAGUCAGGUCAAACCUGUAUCUCUGGAAAAUGUCAUGUCAAAGUGUGCAUAUAUGCUGCUGUAUGCAAGGUGUUCACCGAGGGCACCAAGCUCUGUGAGGCAAGCGAUAAUGGUUCAAGACCCAGCACGCACGAAGAAGGCCAAGCAGAAGGUAGUUUCAGGGGGGACAACAUUACGAGGUUCCUUGAACAGACACCAAGGUGAUCGGCUGCAUACAGAUCACAUGGCAGAUGAACUUAACCAUACAUUCGACGAAUAUGGAGACACACCAUAUCCACCGGCAGAAUCUCCAAGUCCCAGUGAGAGUUCAUCGCUUUUCAGCAACUCUGAUGCAGGGUCGCACAGCACUGUCAGCACUGACAGCAGCGACAGCACAAGGAAUUCGACCAGUACUGAGGAGUAUGAAUACCUGUUUGGAGCCUCGGAUCAUAUGCACCCAGGAGGCCCCAUGAUAACACCUGUGGAGAACGAUUAUACGGUGUAUUCUCGUUCAAGGUCUAGCUUGAAUACCAGCUCGUUAGGUCGGGUCGAUCAAGCAGGUGAUGCCGAGACGUUUGUUGAGCACAAGACUCAGGACACCAGAGGGGGUUGGGUUGAGAGCGAUGAGGGCCCAUCCAUCUUGUAUACGGACAGAAGUAAACAGCACUUCAGUAGUAAGUUAACAGACCAAUAUAGGCAGUUAGAUAGCAGUGGACAUGAUCCUGGAGGAACCAGGGGUAGUGUUUUAUUGAGAAGAACGACUAGGGAAAGGACCACCCAAACAUUUUAUUGAUAUGGAGGGUUUGGGUUGUAGAGGAAUAAUGUUGUAGCCUGUAAUGUUAUCUCGUUGCAAUGUGAAAAAAAGAAGAGAAAUGUGGUAGUUCAUAAAAGUGGGGAAAAAAUUUCGCCGUGCGCCCUUGU